AUGAGUAAGAAUAAAGGUGUUAGUAAGGAUGUUUAGACACCAUAAUUUUUAGAAAAGAAGCCUUAAAAUGUCCAAACAUAAAAUUUGAAUUCAAGACUUAAAUAACCAGAUUUGAAUAGAAAAUUGUUAACAAUGCCUAUUGAUGCCAAAUACAAAGCAGUUUUAGGUCCAGAUACUGAUAGUUUAGUUGCUUAUCUUAAACAUAAGAAGAAGAAAGAAAAGGCAAUAUAAAAAUUAAAAGAAUCAGGAAAAAUAUAAAUUGUAAAAGAGCCUAAAUUAUCAAUCGAUAAAUCCUUGCCUUAAGGAAUUUAUGAAACAGAGGAAGGUAAAUUAAAAGAUAUAUCUGGGAAAAUUAUUAGACUAAAUGGUUAAGCUAAGUCUCUAAAAAUCAAUUAAGAAAAGUAGAAGCAUGAGAAAGUUUAAGAGAUGUUGAAAAUUUAAAAUAAUUUAAAGGAUGCUUUAAAUGAUAAGGGACGAUUUUUAGAUAAAAAUGUUACAAUUCAAAGUAGUAAUAUAAAAAGAUAAAAAAGAAAAUUAUUAGCUUUUAAUUUUAUUGAAAAUGGUAAUAAGGAUGUUGAAUAAGUAUAAUAAUAAACUUCUAUUUAAAUUGAAAAUUAAGAUGAAGAAAAAGUAUUAGAAAAAGAUAUAUAGAAUUUAACAACAACAAUAACAACAACAAAUUAAACAAAUUUUAAAAGAGUAUGUGUUAAGAGGAAACAUCAUGAUCCUAUUCCUAAUAUAGAAUGGUGGGAUAUACCAUUAUUUCCAGAGAAUCAAGCAAAUUAUAUUCCAAUAAAUAUAGAAAAUGAAUAAGAACAUAAAUAACCUGCUACAGCCCAUACUUAAGAAGAGAUUUAAAGGAAUAUUACAUUUUUAGAAUAAUUAUAAUAUACAGAUACAAAUAUAUUAUUGGAUAAGAUAACUAAAUUAUUAGAGCAUCCUAAACCAUUUGUUAUUAGUGAAUUAGUAUAGAAUAGAGAAAAAGCUGCUUUACCAUCAUUUUUAACAAAAAAGGAAAGGAAAAAAAGAUUAAGAAAAUUACGUAUGGAUAUUCAGAAAGAGAAAUAAGAUAAAAUAAGAUUAGGUUUAUAGAAACCAUCUCCACCAAGAAUAACAUUAUAAAAUAUGAUGGCAAUUUUAGGAGCAGAAGCAUAAAUAGAUCCAAGUAAGGCAGAAUAAGAAGUUAGAAGAUAAAUUUAAGCUAGAUUAGAUAAACAUAUAAAAUAAAAUGAAGAAAGAAAAUUAACUAAAGAAUAAAGAGGUGAUAAAUUAAAAUUAAAAUGGUAAAAAGAUUCUGCAUAAGAAAUAAGAGUUGCUGUAUUUAGAAUAGAUGAUGAUUUAUCAUCAACUAAUUUAGAAUCUAAAAAAUUAAAAUUUAAAGUAGAUAUGAAUGCUUAAUAAGUGAGUUUAUAAGGAGUAUGUUUAAUAGCUUCUUAGAAUGGAUAAUAAUUAGUACCAUCAAUAGUAGUAGCAGAAGGUGGACCAAAAGGAAUAAAAUUUUAUAAAAAAUUGUUAUUAAAUAGAAUAAAAUGGAGAUGUAAUGAUUAAAAAUCAGGUUGUACAUUAGUUUGGGAAGGUGUAUCUAAAUAACAUGCAUUUAAUAAAUGGAAAACAAUAGAAAUAAAAAAUGAAGCAGAAGGAAAGAGAAUAUUAGCAGAAAAAGGUGUAGAAUAAUUUUGGGAUUUGGCAAUGAAUAAUCAUUAAAAUUGA